AGAGAGGAGGAGGCUGGCAGUCUGGCUGCCCAACGCUGACUGUUAUCGGUUCUCCUUUUGAAGACUCAGAGUUCCAAGCUUUGCUCUGCUCCUGGGCUGUCCCCCACACCUUGACAUUAUCGGAGACUUAGUAUGACUAUUGAAGGAUGUUUGUUCCAAGAUCUCUAAAAAUCAAGAGGAAUUCUAGUGAGGAUAUCAAAAGUUGUGUAGCUAAGAAAAUUAAGGCAGAAACAGAAGACCCUAGUGUGGACAGAGAAAGAGGGGUUCCAGUUGACACUUUGGUUCCAAACGAAGCCACAAGACCAGACGGGGCCAGCAGUGACCAGGGUCCCUUCCCCAGUCCAGCUCGCCAGGUUGGCCUUGUAGCACCAGAGCAGGAUGAGAAGGACAGCCCUCCUUUGGAAGAGCCUGUGAAGUCAUUUUCCAAAACACAGCGCUGGGCAGAGCCGGGAGAGCCUGUCUGUGUUGUGUGUGGCCGCUACGGAGAGUACAUCUGUGAUCAGACGGAUGAAGAUGUGUGUAGCUUGGAAUGUAAAGCGAAACAUCUUCUCCAAGUUAAGGAAAAAGAAGAGAAGUUGAAUCUCAGGAGUCCACAGAAUGCUGAGUCUGGCCCAGAGUCUCCACUUACUGUUCUUUAUGUCUACAGAGAGCACCCUUUUAUUUCAGCCCUUCAGGAGGACCAGAUUGAAAAUCUUAAACAGCAGCUAGGAAUUUCAGUUCAAGGGCAAGAAGUCACCAGGCCCAUUAUCGACUUUGAACAUUGUGGUUUCCCGGACAUCUUAAAUCACAAUUUGAAGAAGUCUGGCUAUGAGGUGCCAACUCCCAUCCAAAUGCAGAUGAUUCCUCUGGGACUUCUGGGAAGAGACAUUCUAGCCAGUGCAGAUACUGGCUCUGGAAAAACCGUUGCUUUCCUUCUUCCUGUUAUCAUCCAUGCUUUAUCGGAGAGCAAAACUCCUUCUGCACUCAUUCUUACGCCAACAAGAGAGUUAGCCAUUCAGAUAGAGAGACAAGCCAAAGAAUUGAUGAGCGGUCUGCCACGCAUGAAGACCGUGCUGCUUGUAGGGGGCUUACCGAUGCCCCCACAGCUGUAUCGCUUGCGACAACGUGUUAAGGUUAUCAUAGCGACCCCUGGACGACUUCUGGAUAUAAUAAAACAGAAUGCUGUGGCACUCUGUGGUAUAAAAACUGUGGUAGUAGAUGAAGCUGAUACCAUGCUAAAGAUGGGCUUUCAACAGCAAGUGCUUGACAUUUUGGAAAACAUUCCUAGUGAUUGUCAGACCAUUUUGGCUUCUGCCACAAUUCCAACUAGCAUAGAGCAACUAGCAGGCCAGCUUCUGCGUAACCCUGUGAGAAUUAUCACGGGUGAAAAGAACCUGCCGUGUUCCAGUGUGCGUCAGAUUAUCCUGUGGGUAGAAGACCCAGCCAAAAAGAAAAAGUUAUUUGAAAUCUUAAAUGAUAAGAAGCUCUUUAAGCCCCCAGUGCUAGUGUUUGUGGACUGCAGGCUGGGAGCAGAUCUGCUGAGUGAGGCAGUGCAGAAAAUCACAGGUCUAAAAAGCACAUCAAUACAUUCAGAAAAGUCCCAAGUAGAAAGGAAAAGCAUACUGAAGGGAUUACUGGAGGGAGGCUACGAAGUUGUGGUGAGCACAGGAGUCCUGGGGCGGGGCCUGGACUUGGUCAGCGUCCGGCUGGUUGUGAACUUCGAUAUGCCUUCGAGUAUGGACGAGUACGUGCACCAGAUUGGAAGAGUGGGGAGAUUAGGUCAGAAUGGAACAUCAAUUACUUUCAUCAAUAACAAUUCUAAAAGACUCUUCUGGGAUAUUGCAAAAAGAGUAAAGCCCACAGGAUCCAUUCUUCCCCCACAGUUAUUAAAUUCUCCUUACCUUCAUGACCAGAAGAGAAAGGAACAACAGAAAGAUAAACAGACACACAAUGACCUGGUUACAGGAGCUAAUCUUAUGGACAUUAUUAGAAAACAUGAUAAAAGUAAUUCUCAAAAGUGACUUGUUCUACCACUUUGAAUAUUUUUUAUUGUGAAUUUUCAGCAAAUAAUGCAAAUGAAAGAGAUUUUUAAAGA